GCGUCAAAACGAGAGACGCCAUUUGCAAAAUAAAAACAACACGAAUACGUUUCUACUGUAAGAAAACCCUUUAUUCAUUAAAUACUACCCUUUAAACUUGGUAAACACAUGAAAAUCUAAAAACUAAACACGAUGGCGUCGGGUGCGCGGACUGCGGUCUCGCAGAUAUUGCGCAACAAAGACGACGUUGGUGAGGAAGAAGAUGAGCCAAAAAAGAAGUCCAGGGAAGAUUGGAGGAAAGCCAAGGAGUUGGAGGAGGCUCGUAAGGCUGGUACUGCACCAGCUGCCGUCGAUGAGACAGGCAAGGACAUAAAUCCACACAUUCCUCAGUACAUAUCUUCUGCCCCCUGGUACUAUGGCACUGCUGGACCCACCCUCAAGCAUCAGCGACCGCAAGAAGACAGAGAGGCUCAGUUCACCAGACUAGACACCUUUUACCAUAAAGGUGUUGAUACUACAAAAGUAGCCACUAAAUUCAGAAAGGGAGCUUGUGAAAAUUGUGGAGCUAUGACACACAAGAAAAAAGAUUGCUUAGACAGACCUAGAAAGAUUGGUGCCAAAUUCACCAAUGCAGGUAUUGCCGCAGAUGAGUUUGCACAACCUAAUCUGAACCUCAGUUAUGAUGGCAAGAGAGACAGAUGGAAUGGGUAUGACCCUCUGCAGCAUAAGGCUAUCAUAGAAGAGUACCAGAAAGUUGAAGAUGCUAAGAGGGAACUCAGAGCUAAGAAGUUAGAACAAGACCCCACAGCCACAGAGGAUGAUGACAAUGCAGAGGAAGAUGAAGACAAGUAUGUAGAUGAAGUAGACAUGCCGGGUACCAAGGUGGAUUCCAAACAACGUAUCACAGUGCGAAACUUGCGUAUCAGAGAGGACACAGCGAAGUACCUACGCAAUUUGGACCCGAAUUCCGCAUACUAUGACCCCAAGACGCGGUCGAUGAGAGAUAACCCUAAUCCCGUUGCGUCAGAGUCGGACUACCAGGGCGAGAACUUCGUGCGCUUCAGCGGCGACACGCGCGGCCACGCGGCGGCGCAGGUGUUCGCGUGGGAGGCGCAGGCGCGCGGCCUCGACGUGCAUCUGCUGGCCGAGCCCACCAAGCUGCAGCUGCUGCAGCGCCAGUACCAUCACAAGAAGGACCACUUCAAGACGCAGGUGAAACAAUCAAUCCUAGAGAAGUAUGGUGGCGAGGAGCACCUCGCCGUCCCGCCCAAGGAGCUGCUGCUGGCGCAAACUGAAGUGUUCACGCGGUACAACAGGGACGGGACCCUCGUGCAGGGACCCGAGAAACAACUUGCUAAGAGUAAAUAUGAAGAGGAUGUGAUGAUCAACAACCAUACUUCUGUGUGGGGAUCAUACUGGCAUGAUGGACAGUGGGGAUAUAAGUGUUGCCAUUCAUUCAUUAAGAUGUCUUACUGUGUUGGCGAAGCUGGCAAAUCUGUGGUGUUAGAAGUACAUGAAGAGAAGCCGACUAUAACACAAGAACACACUGAGAAAGAGAAAGAAAAAGAUAAAGAAAAAUCGGACAAAUCAUCAUCAUCGUCAGAAUCCAGUUCUUCAAGUAGCUCAUCAGACUCGGAACCAGAAAUACGAUCUAAGACGGAGAAGACUAGCAAAAAGAAGAAAAACAAGAAGAAGGCCAAAAAGAAAAAGAAGAAGGAACUUAAGAAGGGGAAGAAGGAAGAGGAUAAACUUAAGAAGGCCUUGGAAAUGGAAGAGAGAUCACAGAAGCGCGCUGAGUACCUACUGUCGGUGGACGAGAGGAAACGGCCUUAUAACAGCAUGUUCGAGGUGAAGGCACCCACAGAAGAUGAACUGGAGGCUUACAAGAUGAAGAAACGUCGCGAGGAAGACCCUAUGAGCCAAUUCCUCUAAAAAAUCAUAUAUUUAUGUAAAUAAGUAAAAUAAAUAAUAUUUUGAAGA